AUGUUAGCAAACAUCAAAUUAAAUAUCUCUCCCCUGCCGACCCUCCAAAUAUUGAUGGGACUGACGGAAAGCGGUUCUCGGAGGACGGACCAGAUUGAACGUGACGUGACGUACGUGCGGUGGGCACACGUGCCGGAGCGGGUGCGAAUUCCCUGCCGCCCUCGCCCUGGCCCCGGCAACACCGGCGAGUUGGAUAACGCGGAAGUCAUGAAGAUGAGCUUCUGCACCCGACGACCAGCUUGGCUUCUUCUUCUUCUUUUCCUCCUUCUUCUUUUCCUUCUUCUUCUUCCCUUGAAGAUAGCUACUUCUUCUUCUUAUCUUGAAGAUAGCUUCCCCUUCUUCUUUUUUUCUUCUUCUUCUUCUUCUUCUUUUCUUGAAGAUAGCUUCUUCUUCUUCUUCUUCAUAUCUUCUUUUUUUUCUUCUUCUUCUUCUUCUUGUGAAGUUACCUUCUUUUUCUUCUUUUUUUCUUCUUCUUCUUCUUGUGAAGUUACUUUCUUCUUUUUCUUCUUCUUUUUCUUCUUCUUUUUCUUCUUCUUCUUGCGUGGUUACAUUCUUCUUUUUCUUCUUCUUCUUGUUGUGAAGUUACCUUCUGCUUUUUCUUCUUCUUCUUCUUCUUCUUCUUCUUCUUCUUCCUUUCUUAGCUUCCCUUUUAACUUGAUUAAUUCUUUUAAAAAAACAUCUUUUCCUUUCUUUCUGCUUUUAAUAACUUAUUCCCUUCUCUUUUUUUUUAAAAAAAGCAAUCAUUUUCUACGUAAAGAAUGA